AUGGAGUUUUAUUUGCUAUUCCUAUCAAUAUCUACCCUUGCAUCAGUUGAGCUUCUCAUCUUUUAUGGAGAAAUGACUCCAGUGUCCCUUAUUUCAUAUUUUCAGGCCAAUUUAGCAGGAAUGAUAGGAAAUCCCAAUAUUUUCGAGAUUGUUUUUGUACUAGCAAAUAGCCAAACAAAUUUUAUAUCAUCACUUAAAGGUGAUAUUCAAAUUGCAAUUGAUGCUACAUUUGAUAUAACUUUAAGCCAUCGCUUAUUGACUGCUACAGAAGAACAAGGAAUUAUAAAUUUGUAUUUAGACUCAAAUUUGCUAACUAACGGUGAGCUGCAGUAUUAUGCUCAUGUGCCUUUGCAAAGCCAAUUGGCUAUUAUGCAGCAAUUCCUAGAUUAUUUAGGAUGAAACGAAAUUACAAUUAUUGGCAGCAAUUCACAAGAAUCCUUAGCGCUUUCUGAUAAAUUUGUGGAAAAUACUGAAAAUAGGGUAAAGCUUAAACUUUUGUUAACAGAAUCUUCUAAUAUUGGUAGAAUGAAUGACAUUGCCGGCAAGAUUUUCAAGCUAAAAGGUUUGCAAAUCUUUAUGGUGCUUUGCGAAGGAAAUUAUAUUAGCAAUAUCAUAAUUUCUUUUGCUAAUAAAAAAUUAUAUAAAGCUGGACUAGGAAUUUUAAUAUGAAGUCAAGGCAUAUGAGGAGGGUCUGAAAAUGGACUUUUAUAUUUAGUAGAGCAAGGCCUUGAAGCUGCUACAUCUUAUGAGCAAUACGAAGCUCUUUCAAUUAAAUUCUUUACAAACUCAAUAUUGGAGUACAUAGAAAAUCUUUCAAGCAAUGAGCUUCCUAGAAUCACUAAUGACUCCUUAAAGCAAUUUAUACAAUCCAAUUGGCCAAACCAUGGGAAACCCCAAAGCUAUUCCAUAAUAAAUAUUGUCUUAACUUAACUUAACUUACUAUUUAUAACGCUUAACGUCCACUACGGGGUUGGCAAUUCCCAGACCUCCGCUCGCUUCCGUCGCAUCGGGCCCACAUACCUCUGGGCCGAUCCGCUUCGUUACUCCAAGGUACGCCUUUGGGCAAGUGUUGCCGGCUUCGACGGCUCAUGGAUGAGCUACUUGCUUGUGACAUGGGUUGCCAUUCCGAAAACCCAAAAAAUGAAUUUUCUGGUAGGCCAUCGGCAAAAAAGAAAAGCACGUAGCCUGGGACGUAGCGCCCAGUUUCACGCUAGGGAGUUGCCCGAUGGUCGUGUGGACUCUGCUGAGCUUCCCCUUUCCAACUUCCGUGCUCUCCUUCCCCACGAGGAAAAAACCAUCCCUUAGAAUAGACUAGGGCCAGGCUCUGAGCACCUCCAGAAUUGCUUACCUAGCAUUGCCGUCCAUCUCUGAAAUGGCAAAACCUUGCCGGAUAUAAUUAAAUAUGAGUCGAGGCUGCAUGGCCGGGAGGCCAUGCCCAGACGAAGACGCCAUAUUUAAUUAUAUAAUAAAUAUUGUCAAUUCUACAAAAAAAAUAGUCGGAACCGCCUCGAACGCUUUAAUCAGCAUUUCAUCAGAUCCUAUAUACCCAGGAAACACCACUAAUAAGCCAACAGCUUCUAAAGCAACCCUUUAUAUGUCCUUAACUACUUCAGGCAAAGAGCCUGAUGGCAGCUUCAAUUCUUAUCAGCCAGUCCAAGCCCAAGGCAAUUUUUUCGCCCGAGACUGAAUAAAUAACAGCUCUUUAAUCCUUGAAAAUUUCCAUAUCAAAUUUGUAGAAAAUAGUUGUGGGACGAUGAGUUUUAUAAAAAAUAUUGAUGCUGCAUGCUAUUCGCCGCUAAAAGAAAAGUUAGGCGUGGUUUUUCUCACUUCGGAUUAUGUAGCAAGCGUUGUAGGUAUAAUUAUGCUGUUUAGAGAAUGAAAUAUUUCGCUUCCCCAUAUAGCUCCAGGCCCAAGUAGUCCGCUUCUUUCCAAUAAAACUAAUUAUCCAGAAUUCAUGAGGGUAGCUCCUAAUGGAAAUUAUAAUGCCGUGGUUAUUCUUAGACUUUGCCAAAUUUUUGCCUGAAAAAAUGUAUAGUAUAAUAGCUGAAAGCUUGCCUAAUAAAAUAAAAUUAAAUUUUCAGGAAAAUUAAAGAAAAACCUAUAAAUGUUCUAUAUGCAAAUUCAAGCUCAAAUAUCGCUAUGUACCAAACCUUUGCAAGCGAGGCCCAAAAAGGAGGAAUCACAAUUGCAAAUGGUGAAAAUGAGCGAAUUCUCCCAGCAAACUAUGACAGAACCCAAUUUUCUAAUUAUAAACAUAUUUUCCAAGCAAUUAAGAACACCAAUGUCAAAAUUUUUAUUUCAUUUCAAACGGCCAAUUCUAAUUAUCAGUCAAUUGAAGGCCUUUAUGAUAUAGGGCUAAGAAAGGGAAACCUUGUCAUAAUUUUACCUUCCAAAACUGGCGGACAAGCUAUAAUCCAAAACUACGCCCAAGCCUAUCUUCCAAAGCUACUAGAACUUCUAACUGGCUCUAUAAGUGUCGGCACAAUUGAAUAUAUAGGCGAAUUUGGCUUAAAAAUAAAAAAAGCUAUGACUGACUACUGACUUCCCCCCGUGAGCGAACAAAGCCAUUGGAAAAAUCCUAAUUUUGGGUAAAAACCCACUCUUAGAGAGCAAGCGAAAAUUUUUGAUAUAAAUGUAUAUUAUAAUGAAAUCUCUAGCUAUUCUGUUAAACUUGCAUUUUAAAACAUAAUUUUGCAAAUUAUAUCAAUAUUUGCUUUAAAAUUAUUUCGAAUUGAGCUUUUUUUUAAAUCAAAAUUUAAUCCCUCAUGAACGACCAAAAUUUUUUGUUCGCUCAAGGAGGGGGAGUGAGGAAAUUCCCCAAAUUUCAAAGCCACGCAUUUUGAUCAAACUUUACUUGCUGCAUAUGGCUUAGAUUUUACUAUUAAUAAAGGUGAUGAUUUUGAAAAUGCUACAAUUUUAGCCAAAAAUGCAAGGCUCCAAAGGUUCACAGGUGCUUCUGGAUCUAUCGCAAUCGAUUCUACAUCAAAUGACAGGAGUUUUAUGAUUUUGGGUAUAAAUAAUUUUUAUACAACAAAUUCAACUGGGAUUUAUAAUGAAAGCGUGGCGGGAUAUUAUAUUCCAACUUCAAGCAUCCCUAUACAGCUUAGUACCAAUAUUAUAUGGCCUGGGCCUUCUUAUACGCUUCCCCACGACUCCGUAGUGAUAGAUUCUGAAUGCGGCUUUGAUAAAUCAAAAACUAGCAAGUCUGUUAAAGGAAUUGCGGUUUUUACGACCAUUUGUGGGGCAGUGUCUUUAUUAGCUGUUUUAAUUGCAUUUUAUACGUGGAAAAGGAAACUGGUUAUGCAUUAUCCUAAGCUUGUGGAGGCAAGAGAGAUACAGUUUGCGGACUCAGUAAUUAUGAUGACAUUGCUGGUGGAAACUUUUCAGUAUAUUAAUAUAGGGCCAAAGGUGAAGAAUGAUCCCGCUACAAGGUAUUUGAGCAGCUUAAUUAAUAUUGAUAUUACAAUGCUUAAAAGCAGCGCAUAUUGGAUUGGACUUGAUAUUGUGCUUGGAAUAGUAUGCUUUUGGCUUCUUAUGUGUUUAUUGGCGGUGUCAAAAAAUCGGGCUGUAAUUCAGAACGUAUUUAUCCUUAAUUCCUCUGUUUAAGUUGAAGCAAAAAUUCUGUUCCAGUUUAAUUUUUUUUCUAACUCUGGUGAACAAAAAUCCCUAUUUUUGAGAAAACCCACCCUUCGUAAGCAAACAAGUAAAAUUUUUAAUAUAAAAAUUUUUUAUUAAAAAAUAUUUUGAUAUAUAAGUGGUAAUUAGUAUUAUGAAAUCUCUAGCUAAUUGUGUUAAUUUUAAACAGCUUAUUUUAAAGUAAAUUUUCAAAUUAAAUUAAUAUUUGCUUUCCAAUUUUUGCGAAUUAGAUUUUUUAAAUUAAAUUAAAAUAGUAUGGUGAAUCAACCCACCCUCUUAACUCCUGCAGUCGACAUCCGAAUACGCGCUGGGGACCUUGAGGAAGGGAUGCUGGCGUUCAAUAUAUGUAUCCGGCUAGGUUUUUCUUGUUUGAAGAAGCAAAUGUCAGGCAGGUUUUUACCUCAGAGGGAGAUGUGUCUGAAAGUUGGAAAGGAGUUUCAGAGCGUCAUCAAUAGCGCUUUCUCGGCCAAUAUGGACUAUUCCCUAGUGAGAAGCCAGAAGUUAGGUCCUGGACUACAGAUUUCUAUCUUAGCCAAGAGCCGACCAGAAAAUUCAAGCCUUGAAUUUUUAAUGGUUGCAACCCUGCUAACGUACGCACAGCGACACAAAAUUUCAGACUGCCAGGGAGCAUGCGCAGACCAAUGUCUGGGAGGAGCAAGACUUUGAAGGUCGCGAGACGAUCUUCAUAGAAGCGGGCGAGUGGAGCGUUAUGGAAGGGAAUAAGGAUCUUCCAAUUCGACAGGGAGCUUUUCUAUAAUGUGAGGGAAUUUUUUGAGAAAAAAUUACAAUAAAAUUUAUAUAUAAGUUUUAUUAAAAAAAUUAACCCCACUCUGUAAGCGAACAAAAAUCAUUUGCUUGCUCACUGAGAGGGAGUAAGCAAAAAUUAAUAUAGAAAUUUUCAUAAUAAAGAUAAAAUUUAAUUUGAAAUUCAAUGCGAUAUAUAAAUUUUAAUUUUUUUUUUGAAAAAUUAAUUCAAAAAGAUUAAUCGAAGUUUUAAAUAGCAAUAUAUUUCUAUCAUCAUUAAAUUAGGUCAAACUAUUUAUGAGAAAAUAAAAUGGUAAAAAUAUAUCUCAAAGGAUCAGUUAGAUGGCUUUAUGAAGUAAAAAACUACUUAAUGCCCUUAUUAGGAAAUAUGCUUUUUAUCCCAAUAAUAAAUAUUCUACUUACUGUCCCUAAGUGCUCAAAGUCAAUCGGAGAUGAGCUUGAUGAAAGCUAUAUGGAUAUCAACUGCAAAGAAUUUUGCUGAAAAGAAACUCAUCUAACCUAUGCAAUUGUUUGCGCCUUCUCACUUGCCCUGUACAUUCCUAUAUCGGUCAUAUAUAGGCCUCUUUGAACUAAUCUUCAAGGCGACUACAAUCAAAAUAUCCGACCCCAGCCAGGAUAUUUAAUUGUAAAAAGCGCAGCCCAAAUCAUUUUUGUAACUCUAACUCCACCCUCCGUGAGCAAACAAAAAAUUUAUUAUAGUAGAAAUUGAAAAAAAUUUUGGAAAGCAAAAAUUAAUAAUUUGAAAAUACAAGCUUUUUAAAAUUCAACAGAAUUAAUUAAAUGAAUAAUCAUUUAUAUAUCGAAAAUUUUUUUCAUAAACAAUUUUUUGUUUGCUCAAUGAGCUAUGUUUUUACCCAAAAAUAAUGAAUUUUUCCAAUGUUUUUUCACAAAAGGAGGGGGAGCAAACAAAAUAAUUUCAUUGCACGACUCCAUAACCCAAGGUUUUGCCUAUUUAUGUUUUUUAAUCAUAUUUACAGUCUAUAUAAUCAAGCAUCCGCCCUUUAAUUAUGAGCGAUUAAGUAUGUGGCAUGUUGUUGCUUUAUUUUGUGUCUCAUGAUCAAUAUUAUUAGCAAGUCUUUCUCUAAUAGUAGAUCAAUAUGACUUAGGAUUUAUGAUAGCAAAAUUAGCAGGAUGGGGUAUUAUGAUUGUGUAUGGUCUAUUUUUGCAUACCAAAAAAUACCCAGCACUAUUAAUAAGACAGCCUCCACAAAAUAUUUCUGUACUAUUUAGGUUUAUGUUGACGUCAAGUGUAAGAGCUGAUGAAAUUGAGAAAAAAAAUUUAAGGUUUGAGAAUGGAGGUAUUAAGCUAGAAGAGCACGCUAUUGAUGCACUGUCUUUUGAUAAAAUUGAAAUUGCUGAAAAUAUUGAAAAUGACAUGACAUCUAAAAGAGAUAUUAUUGACGAAGAAGAAGGAAUUAACUAA